UAUGCCCUCGAACAAGAGAAGCUAUUGUAAACAUUGGAGUUGAUAAUUUCUCUCUGUCUGGUGGAGAAAUGUUAACAUAGCGUGUCUCUCUCUCUAUCAGACCACCGCUGCAGUCGCUUCUACAGCCCCAAAGAGGACAAGGACGAACUCACACAGAUCUGCAGGAACAAUAUAUGUCGCUGUACACAGGGUGAUUGCUGUGUGUCUAAGUCCCUAACCGAUCCAGUCCCCUAUGGAGCACGAGAGGACCACGCAUGCAAAGGAUUAUACCACGUGUACAAGGCCAAGGUCCUGAGUGUCAGCCAGAGUCAGUACGACAGAUACGAGAUGAAGAUCACACGGGUUAUAAAAAUAGGAGUGGAGGAGGAGGUCAGUGUGGGUGACACUAGGGUCUUCCUGUCACAUGCUGGCUGUAGAGGAGGUCUGGACCUGAAGGAGGGUACAGACUACCUCCUCAUGGGGCCAAAAACUGACCUCUGGUACAAGGACAGCUCCACCAACAGUGCCACAUACAUGCUGGGCAAGGAUACCUGGGUAGAGCGAUGGCCCACCUCAACAGAGUGUGUUAGUGAUGCCAAACUCAAGGCCAGGUGCACAGAGCUGGACAACUUCAGCAAGGACCUCUCAGAGAAGGGAUGUCGGUCUAAAUAGCCUCACUCACUCACUCACUCACUCACUCGCUCACUCGCUCACUCGCCCGCUCACUCGCCCGCUCACUCGCCCGCUCACUCAGUCACUCAGUCACUCACUCACUCACUCACUCACACUCGCAGCCUAUCAGCUGCCAUGUAGCUUUACACCUCUGGAUGCACUGGUUCAGCAGAAACUGUCACCAUUUGAGCCAUGCAGUCGACAUAUCCUGCUCUGUUGUAUAAUCACCAUGGUAACCAUUAGAGGAAAAUGGACAUUAGAAUUAGAAAGCGUAAAAACAUGACAGACUGGUGUUAAGCCUGGGUGGGUCUAGGAUUGUGUUACUGGGAGCUCAGCGAUUCGUCACAGCCAGGGCUACUUGAGAUGGCAUACAAUCACAAAUACACACUCACACGAUGGGAACUCACUCAGGUGGCACUGAGUGCAGUGGAAUAUUGUCUCACUACUGUGUAGAAUGCAUUAGUGUUCCUGAAUGUUCCACAUAGAGAGACUAACAGAAUAAACACCAGAGAAAUUCUCAGUACAAACCCUGUAUUGAGUUUUUAAUUAUUCACAGCCUUCUCUUUCUCAUACAGUUUGAUUACUUAUCCAUGUUGUAGAUUGCAGUACUUUAUACCUCUCGUUGCCACAGAUUUGCAAACAUAAUGAUAAACCCAUAUUCUGCUCUAAGAAAAUAAAUGGAUGUGUGGUUGUG